AUGACACCAAACUACGAAUCCUGGUCAAAAGAUGAACUGAUCACGCGUCUCAGAGAGCUGGACACAAAAAAGCACUCAAAGUCAACCCACUCCCCGACAUCCAAAAAACCGUUUCAUUUCUCAUCCCACCCGAAGCGCAAGAUCGCCAUCAAGUUCUGUUAUUCGGGAUGGGAGUAUAAUGGUCUGGCAUAUCAAAACGGUCCGACGCCUCUUCCAACGGUUGAAGAUGUGUUGUUCAAAGCCUUUGUGAAGGCAAGGCUCGUCGAUGAAACUGGCGGCUUGGAUGGUUGUGGAUGGGAGAAAUGUGGGAGGACAGAUCGGGGAGUGAGCGCUGCUGGUCAGGUGGUUUCGUUAUGGGACAUUCCACAAAACACCUCACUCCAGCCUUCCACCAAACUCGAGCUCCGCUACGUAUCCAUCCUCAACCGCGUCCUCCCUCCAACAAUACGCGUCCUAGCCUGGUCUCCCAUCUCCCCCGAUUUCUCCGCCCGCUUCAACUGCAAACACAGACACUACAAAUACUUCUUCACCUCUCACGGACUCGACACAUCCCUCAUGCAAUCAGCCGCAAACCGUCUCGUCGGCGAACACGACUUCCGCAAUCUGUGCAAGCUAGACCCAGGAAAACAAAUCACCAACUUCCACCGCUGCGUCAUGCGCGCACAGAUCAGUCCCGUCUCUCCAGAUUCCGAUGGCGACAACCGCGUAUACGUCUUCGAUCUCGUAGGAUCAGCUUUUCUAUACCAUCAAGUCCGACAUAUAAUGGCCGUCCUUUUCCUAGUCGGAACAGGACUAGAACAUCCAUCCAUAGUCUCAGCUCUCGUAAACGUUUCACCCCAAGAAUCAGCAUCAGAUACACUACCCGACACCCAAUUGCCUUUAGUGGAUCGCAAACCCGAGUAUCAGAUGGCAGACGCCCUCCCUCUCAUGCUCUGGGAUUGUGCAUACGCAGACUCAGAUGUCGCAUGGCAAACAGACGACGACGGUACAGAGAGUGGUACAGGCUCAGACCUAUAUCACCAGCUCCAUUCCAUCCAUCAACGCUCCCUCAUCCAUACAGUCUUAGACGGGCACUUCCUCGCCGCUACCGCGCAAUAUCAUUCUCCUCCACCUCAAUUUUUCCCCUUCAGCCAGACGGGGCUGACGCCUCACACGCUUCCUCGUUCGAACUUGAACCGAGAUCCGGUUCUUGGUGUCCCACUGGGUGCAGGGACGUACAAGCGCGGUGCGAAGUACGUGCCGUUGUUGGAGAGGAAGAGACUUGACCACGUCGAUGUGGCCAACGAGCGAUGGCGAAUAGGCAGGGGGAGCAAGUAUAGCAAGCAGAAGCAAGAUGAGACGCUUGAUGACGGGAUUGAAUGA